GAGGAGGAAGAAGGUUUCAGGGUGAAAGAGGAGGAGAAGGACAUGACUGUCACAGUGAAAGAGGAGGAAGAAGGUUUCAGGUUGAAAGAGGAUGUUUUAGUGAAGGAAGAAGAGGAUGUUUUUGGUGUGAAAGAGGAGGAAGAAGCUUUGAGAGUGAAAGAUGAGGGGGAUGAUGAUGAAGAGGAGGGGGAGACUGGAGAUCUGAUUAACACCAAAGAGAGACCAGACUCUCACUCUGAUAGCAGGAAGAGUCCUUCGGGGGAACCAGAUCCAGAGACACCCAAACCAGCAAGACCACACCACUGCUCCCAGUGUGGAAAGAGUUUUACCCGGUUAUGGGACCGGAAAAUACAUGAGAGAAUACACUCUGGAGUGAAGCCUUACCACUGCUCAGACUGUGGAAAGAGAUUUACCCAGCUAGGGCACCUGAAAGAACAUAAGAGAACACACACUGGUGAGAAGCCCUACCAAUGCUCCCAGUGCGGAAAGAGUUUUAACCAGUUAGGGGCCCUGAAAACGCAUGAGAGAAUACACACAGGAGAAAAGCCCUACCAAUGCUCCCAAUGUGAAAAGAGAUUUACCCAGUUAGGUACCCUGAAAGAGCAUGAAUUAAAACACACAAAGAUACAGGAGAAGACCUACCACUGUUCUCAUUGCGGAAAGACAUUUUCCCAGUCAGAGGACCUGAAAUCACAUGAGAGAAUAGCGAGGCUGUGUUCCGACUUAUGUUUUUGACUGAGAAUUUGUGUCUUUGUUCAUGCUAGACGCUGUUCAUCACAUUUGCCGCCAGCCUAAAACCGCCUGCUUUUUUCCCUAGCCACCGUGCUUCUACACCUGCAUUGCUUGCUGUUUGGGGUUUUAGGCUGGGUUUCUGUACAGCACUUUGAGAUAUUAGCUGAUGUACGAAAGGCUAUAUAAAUAAUUUGAUUUGAUUUGAUUUGCUGACUGAUAAUAGAAGAACGCUCGUGGACCUUGUUCCCGUUGGGACGUAGACAGUUUUCUGAAGACAAAUGAACGUCAGUCAAAAGUAUUUUAUAGUUCUUCCAGAGGAGGCGGUAACUGUCAGUGUACUUGACCUCUGAUUUGUCGAGCUUCGGGUCAGUCAUUCCCACUUCAGUCCAUGUGUGAAAGAAGGUGUGGUUGGUUGCAUUUUACAAAGCCCCUAAUCUAUUUUCCACUAAUUGGUCUUAUGACCAAUCACAUCAGAUAUUUCUUUUCAGAGCUGAUCUAAGUGGUCAAAAUAAUCAAAAUUUUGUGGAUUUUUUUAAAAUUUAGAAUUCUGUUUAAACGCAGCCAUUGAGUAAGAUUCUGUUCAUAAAUAAUUAUAUCCAUAACUUUCUGUACCUUCUUUGUGCAGAAAUAAAACCUAUUUCAAUGUUCAUGUAAUUUCCUUGGGGUUCCAUAGGUACCAUAUUUGACAUGGUAAUAACCUCAUAUUUAUCAUUGCUGGGGAGUAUCUGAAAUUCAUUACACAGAGCAUAGUGAAAGGCAUAACUACACAAUCAUUCAUUUGUUACAUUCGAUAUCCGAAAUACUCUGUCACUGUGUGUCCUUUGGUAAAAUAUGAUUUAUCAGAUUAUUGGUUAAUUAGCAGUCUGGUGGUCCCUUGGGCUUGUAAGUAAGCAUUUCACUGUAAGGUUUACACCUGUUGUAUUCGGCGCAUGUGACAAAUACGAUUUGAUUUGAGUAAAUCCAGGACCUCUGCAACGUCUCUUUGUUGUGCAAACGUUUAAGAUUAACAUAAAAAAAUGUUUUAUUUUGUUUUGACUGUGAUACAAGUAUAAACUCUGACCUUUAAUAACACAGAACACAUGAUCUCAUGAUCGCUCUCCCAAAGCGUCUUACUACAGUAAAGCUAUCAAUUCUUCCACGCAAGUGGGGACACUUCAGGCUGAAAAGUGAGUUUCACACAUUCCCCAUGUGAAAAAGAACAUGUCAUGGAAAUGUAUAGAAAAGUUAUUUGGUUGAUUUAUGAUUAGAGGGAAAAGAAAUAUAGAAUUACAUACACACAAAAAGCUUAUUUCUCUCACAUUUUGUGCACAAAUUUUGU